AAUUUGAAAUUUCCUAUUAUUCUUAAUUCAUAUCUUCUUACAUUUCUUUAUUAUUUUCAAUUUAAUAUUCUUCUUUUUCUUCUUCAUGUUUUUUCUCAAUUUACUUUUUGUUUUAGUUUUCAUGUUAUUCUUCUUAUUUUUAUUUAUUUUUUUCCUCAUUUUAUACCUAAUUUUUUUCAUUCUAUUUGUAUUUUUAUUAUUUAAUUUCAUAGCUUUAGUUCAAUUAUUCUUAUUUUUUUUCAUUAUUUUAUUAUAUUUCUUAUUAAUCCUUUAAAAAAAUGUAUUAUGUUUAUUUUUUUACUUCAGUUUAUUCUUAGUAUUUUUCUUCUUAUUUUUCUUCAUAUUGUUAUUAUUCAGCUAUUUUUUCGUCCGAUAUUAAAUUUAAAUUAUCUUAAUUUUUUUUAUCAUCAAGAAUAUCUUUAAUUUCUUAUUAAUUAUUUUAUUCUUAUUUAUUAAUAUUUUAGUUUUCUCCUUUUACUUCUUAAGAUUAAUUAACUACUUGCUGAUAAUCAGUAAUUUUAUUUUGUUAUAAUUAUAACUCUUCUUAAUUCAAUGCUUACUAAUUAUCACUACUUUAAGGAUUUUCUUAUGUUUUAUCUUGUGCUUAUUAAUCUGCCAUUAUACUUUGUUAAACUUAACAUUAAUACGUUUAAUUAGCAGAUAAAGCAACUGAUUUUUUGCUUUCUUUUUA